AAACCGCUAAACGAAGACACACAGACAAAUCCCCAGAACCGCCGACUUAGAUUUUUUCGCCUAAGAGAAUAUAUAUAUAUAUAUAUAUAUAUAAAUGGGUCGUCGUCUUCUUCUUUUUCCAAACUUCUUCAUCGUCGCCGGUUUAGGGUUUUCGUUGCUCUAGCAGUCUUUCUCUACAAGUUUCUCCUAGUUUGCUCUUUGCUUAAAGCCCUUUUGCCUUGCGAUCAAUCUGAAGAGUUCAUAAGAGUUUACAUUUUGGCAUUUGUGAACAUCGAAGAAAGGACGGUGGUAUUUAGUCUCUGAUUACUUUUAUUUCUCCAAGAAGAAGAAAAUUGUAUGUAUCAGUUGCUACAGCCAGUUUUUUUCGAUGCUGUUGGUGAGUUACCAUCCUUAGGACUGCUACAGAGUUCGUUGUGUUCCUUGACUUUCCAUUCAAGGUUAUAGGUUUAGCUUCGUUAGUAGAUAAAAAUGGAAACCAAAAUCGUCAAGGUAUCGGAUAGUAGUUAUAAAGAUGGACUUGGGAAAAAGAGAAAGCAUCCUGGGAACUAUACUCCAUAUGAUUGUGGAAGAUCAUAUGCAAAGCUGCAAUGUGUGCUCACACCGAACAUUUCCACCCAAAAGCUUGAGAAAAGCAGAAAACCGAAUGUUGAAAGCAAAGUUAAUGUUUCUGAGAAUCACGUUGGGAAGUCUUUGGUCAGAUACUACUCCUAUUUUAAGAAGACAGGAGUGCCAAAGCGUGUAAUGUUCUAUGAGAACAAUGAAUGGAUUGAUCUGCCUGAGCAUAUUAUUGGCGCCAUCAAGGAUGAUCUUGAAGCAAAGAGAGCUGCAAUUGAGUUCAACUGGAGCGGUCGCCAUUUUGUCCUGGAUUUCUUGCACAUGCAUCGACUAGACUUGGAAACAGGUGUAAAAACACAGCUUGCUUGGAUUGAUAUUGCUGGCAAAUGCUUUUUCCCCGAAAUUUAUGACAACCUCGAAAGGGACUGCUGCCAUCAACGUGAUCCAGAACAACAUGAUCAACGUGAGAUCAAGCUGCACCUUGAAAUUGAUCUCAAUGGUGGGGAGUUACCGAGGCUGAACUUGAAUGAGGUUAACGACGAGUCUGGUGACAAUAUGGAUUAUAUUCAAGUUUUUCAGGGAUCUUCGAAUGGGCAAGAUGACGAGGCAUCAGAGGAUAGCUGCACCCGUGAGCCUGAUAAUGCUGUUGUGAAAUGGGGUAAAGCAGAAACUGAUCAAUUCUCUGGUGUCAAGCCUGCUGUGGAGCAACUUGAUAAAGAUGCUGUCAAACAAAUGUUUGCUUUAGGUACUGCUUCUCUAGGGCAUGUUGAGUUGCUUGAUGUGCAUCAGGUUUCAAGCGAGAUUGCGAAAGCUCGUCUAUCUCUUUUCCAGAAGCAAGCUGACAUCACUAAGAAACACCGAGGAGAUGCGAACAUUAGAUAUGCAUGGGUUCCUGCAAAGAAAGAAGUGUUAUCUGCAGUUAAGAUGCAUGGACUUGGAGUGGGUGGAGCAUUUAUUAAAAAGUCUAUGUAUGGUGUUGGGGUUCACUUAAAUGCUGCAAACUCCCCUUAUUUCAGUGCUAGAAACUGUGAUAUUGACGAUAAUGGUGUGAGGCACAUGGUUUUGUGCCGUGUAAUAAUGGGGAAUAUGGAGCCUCUUCGUGGUGAUAAUACUCAAUUCUUUACUGGUGGAGAAGAGUAUGAUAAUGGAGUUGAUGAUGUCGAGUGUCCGAAGCAUUAUCUUAUCUGGAACAUGAAUAUGAACACUCACAUUUACCCAGAAUUUGUAGUUAGCUUCAAGCUGUCUAUCCCCAAUGCUGAAGGGAAUAUGCUUCCUACUACUCAGGGUAAGCAUGAGACUUCGGGGCUCACCUUGGAAGGACCCAAAGGUUCUCCCUCAAAUGAGCUAGGAAGGGUAUCAACUGAAGGUUCAGGGAGCGAAAAGAAUAGUGUCAGUUCCAGCAGUCGAAGGCCCAGAUCUUCCCUGAUGCCUUUCCCUUUGCUAUUCAAUGCAAUCUCAAGCAAAAUUGCCCAGAAAGACAUGGACUUGAUUAUUUCUGGUUUCCAGGAACUUAGGGAGAAGAAGAUAUCGAGAAUGGGAUUUUAUAAGAAGCUGCGGGUGAUUGUAGGAGAUGAUGAUCUGCUGAAAUCCACCAUAACGGGUCUUCAAAGGAGUUUGGGUUAGAGUAAUGAAUGUGUCGACUUCUCUUUUGCUGUCGUGAAACCUUUAAUAAUUAGAUCAAGUCAAACCUUGACUUGCUCUUUAGGAACUGGCUAUUAUUUUUAUAAUAGUUACUCUUGCCGAAACUAGUGUCUAUUGUCCAGAUACUGUAUUACUUAUUUUGAAUCAAAGAGUCUUUUAUUUA